CUCGACUGCCCAAGAUUUGGCAUUCUACUCCGCUGCCAAGAAUCUCGGAGGUGGAGUAGCGUGGCGGUGACCCAUGUGUCACAAGCCGUGCGCGAAGCGCAACAAUGCCUUCGCUCGGUGAGGGUGAGGCCUCCGAGAGCAAGUCUCGGGGCCGGUUCAAACGACCAGCGCAGCUGCUGGAGGGGCUAAAGGCAAAAGUUUCAGAGGCAGUGUGGAAACCAAAGGCACGAGGCACUCCCAUCGUCUCCAUUGCAAGAGGGACAGGGUCACGCGUAGCAGCGGAUGAGGCGCCCAGACCACCCAGGCCAUAUGCAAGGCCGGGUAUGGGCAGCCCUCCCGGAUAUCGCGAGCCCUGGCAAGAUGGGAGUCCCAGCCCGGCCAUCCAGAGACAUGGAGCCGCUGGCUGUUUCUGUGGCGCUAUGAGCGCUGCUCAGAGCGCUGCUCAGAGCGCCAUGAGACCCAGCUCCAGCCGCUCCGGCCGCUCGGGGAACUCCUAUGGCUCAGAGGGUGAUGGAAUGGCCUUCUACAAAGAGGUGCCAAACUUCUACAUGGAGGGUAUGAGCGACUCAACUCCCACCUGGACGGAAGAAUGCCGUGCAUCUUCAGUCUGCUCCAGCCCGGCUGUCUAUGAGGAGUCCUUCUUACCAUCACCCAUCUUGCGUCGAGCUCCACCGGUGAGACAAGUCUACUACUUGUAUGCCUCGCCGCUGGACUAUCCACCCAUUGACGUGAGGUCUGAGGUCGAGACCAUCCAUUAUGCCUUCGUUGAGUCCGGUUCCAACGUGAAGCUGAAUGUGGGUGUGGCCACCGUUGAAUCCCUCACACAUCUCUUGACCUUAGCACGUUCGGGCUUAGCCUUGCACCUCUCGGCCCACGCGGUCUGCUCCGAGAAGGGUGAUGUUGGCCUUGUUCUUGAAAACCCCAAUGGUUGCUCCCAUGUCUUGUGGAAGAAGAACCUUGAGGAAAUCCUUGGAAUGCGGGAUCGAACAAUGCAAAGCAACUCAUUGCUCUUCCUGAGCACAUGCUGGUCACAGGAACUGGCCCAGGUCUUUGUGGAGUGUGGCUGUCCGCAUGUGGUAUCUUUGCGGACGCGAGUCAAUGACAUUGCAGCAAGGAGGUUUUCGCAGCAGUUUUACCUCUCACUGGGCGUGGGUGAAUCUCUGCUGUCUUCCUGGAAAGGGGCCAGGACUUGUUUGCGGAAUCAUCCGGACGCAGAAAUCGGGGAGCAGUCUGACCACUUUGUCCUUUUCGGGCAGCAUGCCGCGGACAAGGCCACACUUCAAGAGCUUUGCGGAGAGGGCCAGGGCAUGGAUGCACAUCUGCGAAUGCUGGAGGAUGCUGGACGCUUCCUGGAGGUCAAGAUGGUUCCAAGGCCAGAGCACUUCCUGGGCCGCAAGAACGAUAUCCACGAGGUGAUGCAUCAUUUCACUGGCGUCCAAAGCAGACGUGCUUGUGCUUUGUCGGGCCCAGAGGGAAUUGGCAAGACGGCGCUGAGUGUGGAGUUCGUCCACUUCGCAGCGGCUCCUGGGAGACACUUCUCGUGUGGUGCACGCAUGAUGCGCAUUGAAGCAAUGGACUUGGCCGGUAUUGCCAACAGCUUGCAAGAGGAACUCGACAAUUUAGCCGCUCAAUUAGAGGUCUGUUUACGGCCCAGCACCAGCGAUUCAAGGAGCUCGCUCUGCUCAACUGGCUUAUCUGCAAGGUCGGCUGAGUCCAGCAUUUCCAUUCGCGAAGCUCCAAGCAAUCUGGACUCGAUGACGUUGCUGCUGCCCUUGCGGCAGCGCUUGCGUCGAGGGUUCCAACACAUCGAGCGUGUUCGGCGUCGAGCUCCGACGUUGUUAGUGGUGGAUGACGAGGCCGGUGCUUUUGCAAGUUGCCCUGAUGUGCGAAAACUCUUUGGUGAGCUAUUGGAACACACGUGCCAGCUGCACCUUUUGAUCCUCUCUCGUGUACCGAUCUACCACUCGUUGGGACCAGCAAAGGUGGUGAACGUGACGCUGAGCGGUCUCAAAGAACCUGAAGCUGCCAAGCUCUUUUUACAGCGCAUCCAUAGGAUGUUGGAAGAUCGGGACUUUCCAGACUCCGUGGGCAGUGCGGAUGCUGGCGGAGGAGAACCUACGCCAUCCGUGCCCCGGGGCAAGAUUGUGGAGAGUACGAUCCUUCGUCUAAAAGGCCACCCUUUGCUCCACUGCCUUGCAGGGCAUCCGGGCGAUAUUCGCGAGGUCGCGUCCCAAGUCACACCAACAGGACCGAGCCUCAUGGAGUUGGCACAGGGGAUGGAAGUUGACAAUGGCUGAGCAACCCUGGAGCGGAAAACUCAAGGCGCAAUCCCAAGAACAGCACAGUUUGGAACCCACCAACCGGUGGCAGCCACUGACCGGGUCAUUUUUUGAUUGAGGUGCUGUUGUACAGGGUCGUCUGAGACUGCUGUCAAAGAAAUCAGUGUUCUGGGCGGGAACUGCCAAGGUGCCUGAAAAAUGGCCAAUGGAAUCCGAU